AGCGGUGCCGAAUCGAGCUGAACCGAGCCAAGCCAAGUGGAGCCAAGCCGAGCCCAGCCGAGCCGAGCUCGGCCAAGACGCGCCGAGUCCAGUCGAGCCGAGUCGAACCGAGACGAGCCCAGCCGCGCAGUAACAAGUCGAACCGAGCCGAGUCCAGCAGAGCCGAGCCCAGCCAAGCCGAGCCGAGCCGAGCCGCGACACACCGAACCGAGCCGAGUACAGCAGAGCCGAGCCCAGCCAAGCCGAGCCCAACGAGCCGCGCCUCUCCCCCGACGGCAGCUUGCCCACCGCGCUCCUCCGCCCAGCCCGCAGCGCCAGGCAGCCCCAACCCAUCCCCCUUCCCUCUCUUCCACCUCCUCCUCCUCCUCCCCCUCCCCCUCCUCCUCCUCCUUUUCCUCCUCCCCCCUCUCCUCCCCAAGACCGAUUUGGGCAGCGGCGCGGCCGCCGCUCCCCGCAGAGCCGCCGUGUGCGGGCGCCGCGCCGGAGGCAGCUCAGCCUCGGGGGGGGGCUGAAGGGAGGCAGGUCCGUCCCCCCCACUCCCCAACCCCUCCAUCACCCCCCCUCUGCAUCACCCUCCCCACCCCUGCAUGCCCGGGCAGCGAGCAUGGCCCGCAGGCAGGUGCGGGCAGCAGGCAGCAGGGGCUGGUUGCCCUGGCUGGGGUUCGCUUUGCUGCCUCUGGCCGUGACCCCCGGCGCCCCCCCCGGGAGCUGCCCGUCCGCCUGUUACUGCGUGGCCACCCCGGAGCUGGUGCAGUGUAGGUACGAGAGGCUGGAGGAACCCCCGGGCGAGCUGCCGCUCACCGUGCACAACCUCAGCAUCGUCGGGAGCAACCUGAGCGUCUUGCAUCGCGCCGCCUUCGCCGCCCGCCCGCUGCCGGACCUUCGCGUGCUCCGCUUGCACCACAACAACAUCCAAACCAUCGAGGACAUGGCUCUGCAAGGGUUGCCCGCCCUACGUACCCUCGACCUGAGCCACAACCCGUUGCAAUCGGUGGCCGCUGGUGCUUUCGCCGGCGUGCCGCUGCUGCGCACGCUGCAGCUCAACCAGGCGCUGCUGGCCGCCCCGUUGGAGGACCAGCUCGCCUUGGCCCUGCGCAACCUCAGCUUGCGGCGCUUGGAGCUGGCGGGCAACGCGCUGCGGGCACUGCCGACCGCCCUGCUGCCCACCGGCCUGGAGGAGCUGGACCUGCACAACAACUCGCUGCAGCGGCUGGCGGCCCCUGAGCUGCGGAUCCUGGACGCGCCGGGGUUGCGGGGGCUACGGCUGACGUUGGGGAACAACCCGUUGAGUUGUGACUGUGCCCUGCGCCCGUUCCUCGCCUGGCUACGCGCCGCCACCUCCCGCGUGUCCGACGCCCACAGCCUGUGCUGCAGCGGGCCCCUGGCGCUGCGCAGGGCCAUCCUGCUGCGGCUGCGGCCCGAGGGGCUGGUGUGCACGGGCGAGGAGGACGGCGAGCCCGGCCAGCUGGAAACGGCCUCGUACGUCUUCUUCGGCAUCGUGCUGGCCCUCAUCGGCAUCGUCUUCCUCAUGGUGCUCUACCUGAACCGCCGCGGUAUCAAGCGCUGGCUCCACAACCUGCGCGAGGCUUGCCGCGACCAGAUGGAGGGUUACCACUACCGCUAUGAGCAGGACGCCGACCCCCGCCGUGCCAGCACCAUCGACACCCCUGGCCUCUGACAGCACCCCCGGCAUCCACCCACCAUGCCGCCCCUCGACACCUCCGCUCCCAGCAUCCACAUCCCCAUCCCCUUGCCACGGCACCGCCGAAAAUCAGUUUCUGAGGACACGCCGGCCUCGGGGAUGGGUGCUGGGGUGCAUCAGAAUGGGGUGCACCCUCCCCUGGGGGCUCCGGACCAUGCCAGAAUCAACCCCAUUGCACUGAUUCCCGCAGGCUGGAUCCACUUCCCCAUCCCAGCGCCCGCAGGCAGGGGAUGCGCAUCCGGCUCGUCUCCCGGGUGCCGUAACGCUCAGCCGGUGCUGCCGGGAGGAUGAUGAGCUGCUUCUCGUGUCUCCUCUCCAGCGGCGGGUUUUUCGGUGGCUGUGGGAUGCUGUGUUUGCUUGGCACAUCCCAGGACGCAGCGAGCAACACCCGAAACUGUCCUCCUGGAUGUUCCUGGAGCCUGGACUUGACUUUGACCAUGUACAGCUCUCUUUCCUAUUAGAUUUCUAUUUGACAGAUGCAAAACUUAAUGCGAUUUCUUUUCUUUUUUCCCUUUUGCUCCAAACACAGAGUAAAACACACCGUCCAGCCGCUCCCCCAGAGAAGCGACGUGCUUUUCCGAGCCCAUUUAAUCCAUUUGGUUUAGUUUGAUGACAUUUCCAGCUCUUUCCAGGCACAAAACAAUGCAGCUGUGUAGGAAACGCCCCUGCCAGCAGCCUGCAUGUUCCCCAGGGCACGCGGGGGCAGCCCUUUUCUGCCUCUAAAAUAUAUCCUAGACUAGGCUGUCUCAGCACUUUGUCAUUUAAAACGAGCCAAGCAAAAGCUCUCGACCUAGUUUAUCCGCCCGUGUUUGCUUUAGAACCGUGCCUGUUACUAUAUCCUAGAGCAAAUAUAUCGAAAGCUGCAUCCGCUCUUAUCGUCUAUUUUCUAUAAA